CUUGUGAGUAGUUUAUCUUAAUAGCAGUAAAUUUUACGUGUCCACAUCCUCCACCGAGGAGGUUGGCUAUAGGCGCUAGUAUUGUACCAUUGUCGCUCGUGCAGCGUGGGAGAACCUGCCGAGAAUGACAAUCAGCAACAGCAGCCGCCUGCUGGCCAUGCAGGGUCGGUUUAAAAGUUUAACCCGAAGGUUUCGUUUUUCACCGAGACGCCGCUCCUAUUGUGCCAUUACUUCCGCAACCUUGUUGGUGCUCUUGGUGCUCGCUGUGAUCGGCUUCGCCGUGACCAGGCUGCACUUUUGCUUCGACGUGUUGGUCGAAUGGAAGAUUUCAAAAAUUUGCAAUCAGUAUUAUAGCAAUGAAAUUACGGGCUACAUGUGUCCAGAACUAUGUGCUGGUGAUACCAUUUCGGAAUUUCACUGCCCUUCAACGAAGCAGACCUCGCUGAAUCCCUUCAAUCCGAAUCGAUUUUUGGCCCGUAAAGCUCAACAGUUAGUCGUCGUGAAGCAUGCGGUUCCGGAUGAUAGUUACGAAAAACUGUCCUGGAUCGAUAGCCACCGGCACGAAGAACACUAUCCAACGGAGACGGAGUACGUCGGCAUCGUGCGCCGAUACAUCGAACUGCGGUACAACCUACAACUGCCGUUCGACAAGUUGAACAGUUUGCUCAAGCUGAAGAACAAGAACAAUCACGUGCUGUUUCACGCCAGCAUGCGCAACAGCUGGACGUUGAUCCAGAACAACGAGUACCUGCUGAGCCGGCUGUACGAGGAGAAGGAGAUCUUCCCGCAGGUGGUCGGCACGUGCGGUGAUCUCUUUAUUACGGAGCUGCUGGAGACGGUCGAGUUUGACGAACGGCGGUACCAUUUCACCAAUCACAUCGAUCUGUCCAAGUGGCGGUACCACAUCAAGGUGGCCGUGCUCAUACUGGACUAUCUCGAGGAGAUGGGCCAGAACAAGUUCCAGAUGUGCUCGGUGCUGCUAGCGGGCUUCGGCAUCAGCGACAGUCGUAUGAAAUAUCACGACCUGCGGUACAUAAGCACCGAGGUGUCGAUCGAUCGGAUGCUGUCCGAUGGACGCGAGUGCUCUAGUGACGCCGAGUGUAGCUUCCAUGAUUGCCGUAGUCGCUGCAACACCACCGUCCAUCAGUGUACCGCCGGUUUGUUGAAUAACAAUCUGCAAAUUGUGUGUGAUAAGAUAUUCCGCGGGACCGCCACCGAGCCGGGCAUCCUAGUGACGGAGAAAAGUCCAACCCGAUUGCUUCGCAUCCUGGAGCGUUGCGCACGGCCGAGCAGCAGGUCCGAUGUUGACGCCGGCCGAUCGUGGGGCGCUUCGAAGAGUCUCAAGAAACAGCUGUACAAUGAGCUGACCAGCAUCUACGAGCAACUUGCUUCUUCGGUCUACUCCUAAUUAUCUGCCCCCCUCUGCCGGCCAGUAGAAGUAUUGCGCCCUCUCAAAACCGGGGACCAGCAUUAGAGUACCGUAGUCAAUUGCAGUGAUAAUCAAACAGCGUUCGUACAGCGACACGACAAUUGUGCAAAGUAUUUUUCGGGUGCAACGAUAUGGGUAGAGUGAAUCUGGUUUCAGUAGCCAAAAACGAAUCUAAUGGCACAGUAGUAUU